GGUAGUGGCUGGCCACGGAGAGCGAGCAACAGUUCGUUCGAGGGGAAGGUGGUGCAGAAUCAGUCGGUCACCAUCAACAGAACCGUCAAUUUAAAACAACCACGACCGGUCGGUCUCUCGGCAGACGCGCUAAGCAAUCGAACUCUAUCACGUCCUUCUAAAACAGAAAAAGAGGAACCACCCCCCCCCCCUCGUCCCCGUUUUCACUCUUAUCGCGGUGAACGAUCGGGCCCGUUUGUCCCUCUUUCCCUCUUGAGACCCCCGGAAUUUUAAGCAACUUGUAUCCGCCAAUUUUUUCACACGCCAAGUGUUUUGAUCCUUCAUCUGGCUGCGGCAGAUUGUACAAUUCGUGACGAUACCGUUUGCUUAAAAUUCUCAAAAAUUUAGACAGCGUCGCGCACGAGCUAUAUCGCGCGAGAUUUUGCCGGCAUUCAAUUUUGCGCGCAGCAUCGAGCAUCGUUUCCUUUCCACAGUAUCAUAAACUUAAGUCUCGAUCGCUUCCCAAUCGUUGUCCCCAUGCAUUUGCAAUGCGAGGGAUCGGUUUUGUCGAUUCUUGAUACAUAAGUGCUAAGAGACUCCCCGCUGUGCCCCUCCCCUCUCACCCUUUUCUUUUCGUUUUAAUUGUUAAAAGUGCAGUUUGUAUCUCUUAAGAUUUUCGCACAUCGCAGAUCGAACGAUCCCGAACAAGGCUGUAUUAUUUUCUAAGUUUGUAUGAUCGCCAAGAAAGCCCUGUAUAUGUUUUUACUCGUGAUCUCACUCUUCCAUUUCAUAUAUCCUUUGACAAACUAUACAUUUGGAACAAAAGAGCCACUCUUCGAGAAAGAUCCGUCAGUACCAGCAAGGUUUCAGCGAAUGAGAGAUGAAUUCGACAAGAUCGGCAUGCGGAGAAGCGUAGAAGGCGUCUUACUGGUACACGAGCAUGGACUACCGCACGUUCUUCUUCUGCAACUCGGCACAACAUUCUUCAAAUUACCUGGUGGAGAACUCAAUACAGGAGAAGAUGAGGUAGAGGGCCUAAAACGGCUCCUUACAGAGACCUUCGGACGGCAGGACGGGGUGAAGCAAGAGUGGGUUAUAGAGGACACAAUUGGAAAUUGGUGGCGUCCGAACUUUGAGCCACCUCAGUAUCCGUACGUGCCGCCACACAUCACAAAGCCGAAGGAACACAAGAGACUGUUUCUCGUGCAGCUACAAGAAAAAGCUCUCUUUGCUGUUCCGAAAAAUUACAAGUUAGUCGCCGCGCCAUUAUUCGAAUUAUACGAUAACUCACAAGGCUAUGGCCCCAUAAUCUCAUCUCUACCACAAUCUCUGUGCAGGUUUAAUUUCAUUUACAUGUGAAGCUAGAAUUAGAAGAACAAGCUCGAAAUAAUUCUGUAUUCUUAAUUUAAUAAAAUCUAUUAGAGAUUUAAUAGACUCGUAUGUACAUGAAACGAUGGCUGAUACUUGAGGAUAAUUUCUGAUCUAUGUAUAUGCUGCAUUGCGAAUUAAACCAUUUUUUUAAGUAGUA